UGUAUCUUAUUACAACAUCCGCCGGAAACUGAGAUGGCUGAGGAGAAGGAGAAGAAGAAGAAGAUGAGUGACAAUAGGGUCGAUUCUGUGGGAACCGCAGAAGAAUUAGUUCUCUAGCACAGUUCUAUGAAGAAGAAGAAGCAAAACCGAGAGACAAAGGAUGGGCGUGAAAGAGAGAAAUUGGGUGACGACGUUGUAGUUAAGAAGAAAUCGAAGAAGCAAAGGAUUGAUUCUGAAGCUGAAGAUGAUGGGAAAAUGAAAAAUAAGGAGAUAAGGGUUGAUUCUGAAUCUGAGGAUGGUGGAAAGAAGACGAAGAAGAAGAAGAACAAGAAAGAAUCUAAGGGUGAUGUGAUUGGAAACAGUGAAAGCUCCAAAGUUGAUGAAGGGAUUGAAGGGGACGAGAAUCCACUCGAUGAUGAUGCUGACAUGAAUAAGAUGGAUUUGGGAGCUCAAGAAAACACAGACAAUAAGAUGAAGAGGAAAAGUAAGAAGAAGACAAAACUAAGUGUGGAUUCAGAAGUUGAAGAUGACAACUUGAACUCUACAAAACAGAGUGUGGAUUCAGAAGUUGAAGAUAACAACUUGAACUCUACGAAAAAAGCUGCAAAAAGGAAAAGCAAAGAGAAGAAGCAAACUGUGGAUUCAGAGGCUGUGGAAACUGACUUGAGCUCUAGUAUAGAUGCAAAGAAGAAAAGAAAGGAAAAGAAGAAGAAGAAGAAGAAGCAGAAGCAAAGUGAAGUUUCAGAGGCUGAGGAAAGCAACAAUCAUGGUAAAAAUGCAAAGAAGAAAAGGAAGAGGCAAGAGUCUGGUGAGAGUGAUAAAGAUGUGACAACUCCAUCAAGUAAAAGCUCAAAAAAGGUGAAGUUCUCCGACCAAGUGGAGAUUUUUCAGUCUGAGGAUGAAGAAACGGAUGAGGAAGUGGAAGUGGAAGAAGUUAAGCUGGUGAGGGGAAAGCGUUUUACAAAAGAAGAAGAUGAGCUGAUUAAGAAAGCUGUAUAUGAAUACAUUGAUAACCAUGCUUUAGGAGAUGAAGGGUUAAAAAUGGUUAUGGACUGCAAGUCACACAAACAAGUUAAAGGCUGUUGGAAAGAAAUUGAGUCUGCUUUACCUUGGAGGCCACGGUUUAGUGUGUACCAUCGUGCCCACAAUUUAUUUGAAGAAGGAUCCAAGGGGGUAUGGACUAAAGAGGAUUUGGAACUCGUCAAACAGUUUCAAGCCAAACACGGGAAUGAUUGGAAGACACUUGCUGAUGCCAUGGGUAAACACAGGGUUCAUGUGAAAGACGCUUGGAGGAGAAUAAGAUUGAAUAUGAAUAAAGGACAUUGGUCUAGAGAGGAGUAUCAAAGUCUCUAUGAUCUUGUCAACAAAGACCUUAGAAUGAAAGCAUUCCAAGAGAAGCACUCAAAACAUGGUAUGCUCCGAGAUAACAUCCCUUGGAUGGCUAUAAGCGACGUUCUUGGAACACGGGACCACGUGACUUGCUGCAAUAAAUGGUAUGAUCAGUUGACAUCACCAAUGGUAGUUAAUGGAACAUGGGCUAAUGUAGAUGACUAUAGACUCAUGGAAGAGCUUUUGAAACUGGAUGCUGCUUGUAUCGACGAUGUUGAUUGGGAUUAUCUUUUGGAGAAUCGAGAUGGGGAAGCUUGUAGAAAACGGUGGAACCAGAUGAUCCGUCAUAUUGGUAUACCAACAUCCAAAACAUUUGCAGAACAAGUUGAGAUACUGUCUGGCAGGUAUUGCCCUGAGUUAGCUCAGGACAGAGAAGAUUUUGACAACAGACCAUAUGAUCCUGAAGAUUAAGUUUGGAAACAUAGAUGAAGAUGUUUUACUGUCACUUUUCAGUCUUCUACUUUGAUGUCAUGUUAUGUUAGUGAGUUGUAAUCCUUUGCGAGAAUUAUAACUUUAGGUGUUUUAGUUUUUAGCCAUCUAAUCUCCCUGUUUUUGACCAUCUCUCUUCUUCACCUCCGUUUCAUCUAAUCUCCCUGUUUUUGACCA